GUGUCAGUCUGCCUCUGGUACGCUAUGCGAGAGGGAGGAGGAUGGGCGAGGUUUCGCCAGGUCUGAUUUAUGUUGUUAUUCUACUUGAUUAAAGGCCAAGAAGAUAAGGAAAGCCUUGUGUCUGCUUUGAGUUAUUACCUACACGCUGCAAUUCGCUUCUAACUGCUGCUAUUGCUCUGCUACCGGCUGAAGAGGCAGAGGACUUUUGGAGCGGCACGGAGAGUAAACAGAGCUGCGCAAUGGAAGUGUGCCGGACGCCAUGAUGAAUGGCCUAUCUCGUUACUUUUGGCCUCUAGCCGGAACAGAGACAUCUGGAGGGAAGCAGGCUGGUUUCUGCUGGGCUGAACAAUUGGACCUACACACCGAGUAUUACAUGCACAGAAGGCACAGAUCCUUCCUUUGCAGAAGCCUGCCCACCCCUCAGCUCCCUCUGAGCCCGCAGCUACGCACCACCAAGGUGGUGGAGGAGCGCUUCGGCCCCACGGUGGUCCCGGUGCCCUUCCUGGAAGACGCCGCCUCCUACGACCUGCUGACGGCGCUGAUCAAGAAGCGCCCCCUGGGCCAGGGUCUCCUCCGCCGCCAGCGCUGCCUGGUGCCGGUGGGGCCCCUGGAGAGCCUGCUGCAGGAGGGCACCCCCGCCCGGGAGCUGACCCACUGCACGCGCGAGUACCACGCCCGGGUGCGCGGCGAGUCGCGCUACGAGGAGACGCGGCUGGUGGCGGGGGCGCUGCGCCACCUGCGCCUGACCAUGUCGGGGGUCCACAAGAAGGUGGCCUUCCUGGUCCUGCGCCCCGGGACCGUGGCCCUGCGCCCGGACCUGCCCUGGCUGCGCUCGCAGAGCAGCGUCUACGUGGUCUACGAGGUCUUCUACUGCGCCAGCCUGGCCCUGGCCGUCACGCAGGGCGCCCAGCGCAGCAUCUUCCACCGCGAGCAGCCGCUGCCCGUCGCCUUCUCCUGCCUCAAGUUCGCCCUCGGACCCAAAGGGGUGCUGGGCUCCCAGAAGCCCACCGGCCACAGCUUGCCUGCCAGGGCCGCCUGGGUCCGCAUGGCGGUGCUGGAGCCCCCCACGACCCCGGCCCCCCAGCCGCCUCUGGAGAGCCCCCUGCCCAAGGAGGAGGGCAAGGCUGCCCGCAAGCGCUGGAGACCCCUCAGCAGGCCCACCAGGACCCUGGCAGGGAAAUGGCCCUUCCGGCGCCACCACCCCAAGUCCGGCCCGUCCAGUGCCAGCCUGGCCGACGCCGAGAGGCACUCCAUGUCGCUGCCCCUCCUGCAGAGCGCCACAGCCGAGAGCGACACUGAAGAGUGAGCCCAGAGACGCCGCCAAUAAAGAGCCCUUUGCACCCAGAGCCAGGCGUGUGGCCCCGAUUGGAGGAGGAGGGUGGGCGCA